AUGAAUUAUGGAAUCUCUGCAAAAAAAUCAAGAAUUUUUGGGGGAUCUAAUGCUUUAAUAAGUGAUUUUCCACAUUUGGUGAAUAUUCGUAUUUCUAGCGGUAAUGAACUUCUCUGCGGAGGUUCUAUUAUUAGCCGUUGGAAUGUUCUCACUGCAGCUCAUUGUUUAAGUAUUUCAUUACAUGUUUUGCCGAGUUUAAGAGUCUAUACGGGAACGACAAGCUCAGUUGAUGUUUCCGGAAAUUGGUUUCGUAUAGAACAUGUAUAUUUCCAUCCCGAAUUUAGGCUUCUCGAUGAUAAUGGCAUAUACUCACAUGAUAUUGCAGUAAUUAAGCUCGAUUCAAUGAUUCAAUUCACUCAGUAUCAAAAUAAAAUUCCGCUGCCAACCCGACGUCCUCGUUCGGAAAAUUUGGCUGUAAUCGCAGGUUGGGGACUCACGGAGAAUUCGUACGGAUAUCUAACUUCUCCACAUUUGAAAAAAGGACCUGCGAUUAUUUUAAACAGUACCGAUUGUGCACAGCACGUCCCACUCGAUGUACUCAAUACUCAAUUUUGCACAUUCUAUUCAAUUGGCAAAGGUAUUUGCGCUGGUGACGGCGGUGGCUCGGUUGUCAGCAAUGGAGAACUUUAUGGUGUUAUAUCAUUUUCCUAUGGAUGCGCGCAAGGCACACCAGAUGUACAUACUGCAGUAUAUUAUUAUUUGGAUUUCAUAAGAACACAUAUGAUCGAAUAAAUUAUACAA